CUGUUCCCCCUGCCAGACGAUGAACUGGAGCGACUCGGUGCCGUGAGUCGAGCUCGACUCACCGAAGUGCGGAACGUGCCGGAGCUGGAGCUCAUCUGCAACCUGGCGAGCCGAGAGCUGCGCUGCAGAACGGCAAUGGUGACGCUCAUCAGCCACGACACGCAGUACAUCCUGGCCACCAACAACCCCGUGUUCCGCAACAGCGCAGGCCCGCGUGACCAAGCUCUUUGUGCACACACCAUCAUGGGGCCAUUGCCCAUGCUCGUCCCGCACACAGCAGCAGACGUGCGCUUCAGUCGCAGUCAACUGGUGCUACGAGGUGGCCUGCGCUUCUACUUUGGCUUCCCGCUGUUCGCACCCGACGAAGUCUCAGCGAUCGGUGCCGUGUGCUGUGUGGACAGCGAGCCCCGUCGAGUGUGUCAAUCGCAGUACGAAAAUCUGGAGAAACUCUCGCGUAGCGCCACACGCAUCAUC